AUGUUCCCGGUGUCCGCAUCUUCGUCUUCAAAUAAUGCACCCAAUAGGCCCGUUUGUCCAAAGCUUGACAAGUCCGUUCCAACUCAAACGCAUCAAAUUAUUGUGCCGAUUUCAGCCUUGGGAACGAUUCUUUCAGAGUUAUCAGGUAACAAUCGAACUCAAGUGCAUGUGGCUGUGCCGUCUGCUGGUCCGCCGACGCUCACCACCGCCGUCAACCAACAGAUCCCCACGGUGACGAAUCCUCCAAUUUCCGGUUGUAAUGUGACACAGCCGAUUCACCCUCUACCCCCUGUGCUGCCUACACCGUUUCCAAAUGUGCCAGCUAGCGUUCUUACGGACCUUGAACAAGGGCCGCCAGGUUUACUUGCGACUUUGCUCAACCCGGCAGCUUCAGCGUCGAACGCAUUGUUGGUGAAUGCACUCGAAAACGCCACAACCGCUGCCCUCAUUGCUCAGCUGGCAACCGCUGUCUCUGGCGCAAUGAGUUCGAUAGCCCAUGUGUUAACUAAUAACACCUCGGCUGACUGUGUCCCCUCUACCCUGAAAGAAGCAGUGCAGCUGCUGGCGACGAUGACAGGUCUCACUACCAACUUGAACAAUUCCGUGUCGCAAAUGAUGGUCGCCUACACGAACAGUAGUAUGUUCGUGUUGAAAUCUGUGCCGCAAGGUGAAGCGAAUUCAGUUGAUGCCACGACUUCCCCAGCUGCAUCAGGUCAAGAGACGUCGGAGGGUCCGUUGAAAUCGCUGCUGUGCAAAUCACCGGCUGAGGGUGACAGCGAAGAGGAGAAUGUUCCAAGAAGUCAGAGUGUGAAGAGACAAGGCAAACCAUGCAGUGAGAAGCGACUUCUUCCACCGAUCAAAGCACCUCGGCGGACGCUUGGUAAUUCUGUUCCUGCAGGACGUGUUAAUCAUCAGAUGAAGGCGUGA